GAAGAAGGACCAAACACAAACACCAUUUCCAUUUUAUCUCCGAGGUGUCCUUCUCCGCCAUUGCUUCAAUCACUCAGUUUCUUCUUUCAGAUCAGCAGUUCAGUACCUUCUUCCUCAGGCUUUGUGGACAUGGAUAGCGGCAAAGCUGGCGAAUCAUCGGAUGUCGAGUGGGCCGAUUUCGAGUGCAAUAUCUGCUUCGAAUUGGCGUGUGAUCCAAUAGUCACACUCUGUGGCCACCUUUACUGCUGGCCAUGUCUCCACCAAUGGCUGCAAGUUCAUUCGCGCUCUCACGAAUGCCCUGUGUGCAAGGCCAUCAUAAAGGAGGAGAGGCUAGUCCCCAUUUACGGGCGCGGCAAAGCGUGUUCCGACCCUAGGACGCGUUUGGCUACGAGAAGAUUUCCGAACCGUUCCAGACAAGACGAGGAGAUGGAGGAUUUCAUGCAAGUGCCAAACGCCGCAGCGAGGUUUGGGAACUUAACAUUGUUGUCUUCUCUUUUUGAGUCCAUUUCUUCCGUUUUUACCCUUCACGCGGAGAGAUUUCACGACGCCACCGUGUAUGGUGCGACCACGGGUGCUCCUUACAUGUUUUCAAGUUCGUUUCACGGAGUUUAUUCUCACGGGGUUUAUCACGAUGGAGAACCGGUGGAGGGUAGGAGGUUUUUCUUGAAGACGUUCUUGUACAUCGCGGCCUUCCUUUUAGUGUUUUCUUUGGUUUUGUUUUAGAUAGAUAGAUAGAUAGGUUCGUAUUGCUCAAGUUUAGCAUGUAAAAUUAUCCAAACAAGCAUUUGUGUUAUGCUUCUAUCGUGAAUCUAAAAUAAACAAUACAUAGGCUCUCUCAUGUAAAUAAAAUAACAGUAAAUUC